AUGUUCUCCGUCAUCGUCCCUGGCAGACCCUGUCUCACCGACAUCGUCGCAGUCGACGCACAGCCCAACGGCCAAGCCACCAAGUUCGCCUUCACCUUCCCCCUGGAGCCUUCCUUUACGGAACUCGUCGUGUUCUUCCUCCCCGGCACCGUCCUGCCCCAGGACAGCGCAGCCGCCAUCUACGUGCAAUUCCCCGACGCCAACCCUCCGCCCACAGGGCCCGAGUUCCGUUUCAUCGGCGCGCUCGCGAACGAGAAGCCCUCAUCCGUUUUCAAAGUGCAGCCGCCGCCGUCGCAGCCCCGUCGCACAGAGGCCCAGGAGGAAGACGAGAUGCUGGACGCAGGCGCAGCGGGUACGGCAGGGGGCGCAGCACCGGGCACGACAGGAAUGGUGACGUUAGGGAUUUCGAUCGAGCCGGUGCAGACGGUUGCGCCGCAGCUGGCUGCGCUGGAGGCGGAGAGCUCGGGCGCGGGCCCGUCAACAGACCUUGUGCGACAGACGAGGCAGCAGAAAGAGGUGACGACGAAGGUGCUGGCGCAGCGCAUCAUCGGCAAUGCGUUCAACUUCCUGGCGAGCUUUGCGUCGUCAGAUCAGGAUGUCGUGCCGCUGAAGUCGUUCCGCGAUUGGUGGGCGAAGUUUGAGCGCAAGAUUGAUAUGGAUCCGACGUUUCUGGAACGUGAGGAUCCCAGUGCGUCCGGGUGA